AAUUAACUUUCCUUCGCAACCACCACAUUUUACCACUGAUUGUUGGGGAUAGUCAAAAGGCACGUGCAGAUCCAUCCUCAUACCCCUGUACUUUGCAUGCGUGGACAACCCAACGGCUUGAAGCGAUGGCGGCUUGUUCUCUAUAUGAAGUAAGCUUGAUUUCACCAUUGCUGUAUCAUCCUGCCAUGCCCCAGAUCCUGUCUCCCCUCAGCGUGCACCCCACUGACCCAUUGCUGACCAAUUAAGUUGAUUCAAUUUGAGUAAUGCUUCGAGCUGGUACAGGUCAAUGUUCCGGCAUUGAUUGCUUAACUUCACAUGCCUCGACCAGAUGCUGCUUCGGUUUUAUUCAACGUGUGGCUCUACUUUGCAUUUUUACUUUACUUUGAGCCAACUGCACUACUAGUCCAAUUUCAGCACCCUCGAGUGAUUACUGGCCGAAUGUCUGACUUUGCUGAAGCUCAGCCAAGCUACGCUGCAAUCGCAGCCUCAUCGCCAUCUUCGGGGAAUGAUCUUGAUGAGAACAACACUAAUAACAAAGACAAUUACACCGAUGAGUCUGGCCGGGAGAAUCCUCCGGAAGAGGAAGCCCGUGCCAGCCGCAAUGCCAACGAGAGCACGGCAGCACCGGAAGAUUCAGGGAUAGAAACAGAUGUGUCUCGCGAAGAACAUCCGGUCACUGAAAAACGUAGGCCAUUUGUCCCUACCAAGGGUAAUCCCUUGUCACAGUUCGGUUCUCCGGGAACGAACGGUGCGCCAUCGAGCGAAAAGCCAGCGGGCACAGAUGAGAGGGGUUCGGCGGGAAAGCAUGAAGACGACCUUGUUGUCUCGCAGCAUGCUGCGUACUGGGAUACGGAUAAAGAUGGCGUCAUAUGGCCAUGGGAUACAUACGUCGGACUUCGCAAAUGGGGUUGGAGCAUCCCACUUUGCUUGAUAGGCGUUUACCUGAUCAACGGGUUCUUGAGCUACCCCACGGGGUCUGGGAUCCUGCCUGAUCCGUUCUUCCGUAUUUACACGUCUAGGCUUUACAAGGACAAGCAUGGCAGUAACAGCAUGAGCUUUGAUAAUGAGGGCCGAUUUCAUGCACAAAGGUUUGAAGAUUUCUUCUCCAAAUAUGACCGUAAUAAUAAGGGCGGUUUAACAAUUGGAGAUCUCCUGGUUGCGCUCAAAGGUCAGAGGAUGGCAUUUGAUCUGUUUGGUUGGUGCGCCGCCUUUUUCGAAUGGCUCGCAGUCUAUUUGCUGGUUUGGCCGAAGGAUGGUAUCUUGCGGAAACAGGACGUUCGCGGAGCAUUUGAUGGCAGUCUGUUCCAUAAAAAGGCUGAAGAGUAUAGUAGAAAGAAAGCUGGCAAAAAGAAGUCGACGUAAAUAUAGGGGAAGAGAGGCUGAGCUAAUCUAUUCUCCGCGAUUUUGACCCCGAAUCAAUGUCUCAUUGGCAUAUCUUAUCGGGGGGACCAUUCUCGUUUCUUUGCCCAGCUUUGGUGAACAUAUGAACAGAGCUUUUGGGUUUGAAACGAACGAGACUCAGACAAAUUGUUAUUCUUGCAUUGGCUCUUUAUUAAUCGUCUUGGAUCAUCUUUCCUACUGUUUUAGUAACUAUCAAAACGAUAUUGGCAU